GCGCUGCGCUGUGUAAAAGCUCAGCAGCCACGGCGGGCGGUGCGGAGCCUCGCGGCUCAGGGCAGCGCGGUGCGGGCACGGCAUCGGCUCGGCUUCACCGCCCUCAGUGCACACGCGCCCGCUGCCCGCGCCUGCGCGCCGUUCUGCCCGGGCGGUGCGCGCAGCCGCAGUGCCGGGGAAGGGCGCAUUUCGAGCCGGGGCAGUUUUUCUCCGUCGGGAGCUGUCGGUACGGAGCUCGGUGCCGUUCCGCCGGGCAGAUCGGCGCCGGGCGGGUCGACGGCCGCGCUGCGCCGGGGCGGCGGCGUCGUGGCCUCGGCUCCUUGUUGGGGAGGCGGCCCCGCGCUGCUCCGGCGCUGAGGGGCGGCCCCGAAGUUUGCUUCGCCUCGGGAAGUCCGUCGGACCUGGCCGAAGUGGGGCCGCGGCCGUUCCGUCCGUCACGAUCUGCGCCGGCCGGGGGGGAACAUGCCCAAGAAGAAGCCGGGGCCGAUCCAGCUCAACCCCGCUCCGGAUGGCUCCGCCGUCAACGGGACCAGCUCUGCCGAGACAAACUUGGAAGCGCUUCAGAAGAAGCUGGAAGAGCUAGAGUUGGAUGAACAGCAACGGAAACGCCUUGAAGCUUUCCUUACCCAGAAACAAAAAGUUGGGGAGCUGAAGGAUGACGACUUUGAGAAGAUCAGUGAGCUGGGAGCAGGGAAUGGUGGGGUGGUGUUCAAAGUAUCUCACAAGCCUUCUGGCCUCAUCAUGGCAAGAAAGUUGAUUCAUCUAGAGAUCAAGCCAGCUAUUCGAAACCAGAUCAUCCGUGAGCUGCAGGUUCUACAUGAGUGCAAUUCACCAUACAUAGUGGGCUUUUAUGGAGCUUUUUACAGCGAUGGGGAAAUCAGCAUUUGCAUGGAACACAUGGAUGGUGGCUCAUUGGAUCAAGUGUUGAAAAAGGCUGGAAGAAUUCCAGAGCAGAUACUGGGCAAAGUCAGCAUUGCAGUAAUAAAAGGACUCACGUAUCUGAGAGAAAAGCAUAAAAUAAUGCACAGAGAUGUUAAACCAUCUAACAUUUUGGUAAACUCUAGAGGUGAGAUCAAGCUUUGUGACUUUGGUGUCAGUGGACAACUGAUAGAUUCUAUGGCAAACUCGUUUGUCGGCACGCGCUCCUACAUGUCUCCGGAAAGGCUGCAGGGAACUCAUUAUUCAGUGCAGUCGGAUAUAUGGAGUAUGGGGCUGUCUCUGGUAGAAAUGGCCAUUGGCAGAUACCCCAUUCCUCCUCCUGACUCUAAAGAGCUCGAGUUGAUGUUUGGCUGCCCGGUAGAGGGAGAUUCUCCAGUCACAGAGACCUCACCCAGGCAAAGAACACCUGGUCGACCAAUGAGCUCCUAUGGACCAGACAGCAGACCCCCAAUGGCGAUCUUUGAACUUCUGGAUUAUAUCGUCAAUGAGCCACCUCCGAAACUGCCCAAUGGUGUUUUUGGUUCUGAAUUUCAAGAUUUUGUUAACAAAUGUUUAAUUAAAAAUCCUGCUGAGAGAGCUGAUUUGAAGCAGCUGAUGAUUCAUGCUUUCAUAAAGAGAUCUGAAGCAGAGGAGGUGGAUUUUGCAGGAUGGCUUUGCUCAACCAUAGGCCUUAACCAGCCAAGUACACCCACGCAUGCUGCUGGAGUCUGAAUGUGGAAGAGCAAAUCCUGUCCCAUACAUCUGUUAACAGCGCUACUUUGGUCCUAUUUCCUAAGCUUGUACCUGUUCAAACAUGUAUUUCACCUCUUAAGGAAGAAUGUCUUUAUAGCAUGUGCCAAAUUGUUUUAAAUUUUGUCAUCAACUAAUUGGUAUUGUAUUUGGGUUACAUUUGUUUGCUGACCAAAAUGUAAGAUGUUUAAGUUACAGUGCUUGCUGAUUUUAAGUGAUUAUGGAUAUUCUUUCUUAAUGAAAACACCACUGGGGGAAUUUACCCCUGGAUUGUUUGAACUUUAUCAAGACUCUUGGUAAACCGUUGGUACUUCAGUCAUGCUUACCUAAUCUCCCACGCAAAAAAAGGGUUAGGGAUGCUCCAAAACUGUAUUUGUUGAGCAUGCUUUUGCUGCUGCCAAACUGUAUCUUGGAAGUUAGGCCUAAUGGUUCCAAUUUUGCUGUUGUUGAGAGAUCACUCUUUCCAGGUAAAGAAGGCAAGAGCUCUGCAUUCCUUGGAGUGGACAGAGCAAUAUUCUACUUGUAGACUUGUUCAUAUUUCUAUAUUUAUUUUUAAAAUGUGUCAUCAUACUUGGAUUUAGUGAUGUAUGUCUUUCCAAUUGAUUUUUAAAGGUUAGCUCUCAGAAGUGUCCUACAGAAUCAUGACAAAGAUCUGGGCAAUUUGCUUUCUUUUAACCUUGAGAUUCAUGACAGCUGUGUUUGGUGUCUAAAGUGUAUGAAGAUCCUCUAUUGUUUUAUUCUCUCAGAUGUUUAGCAGUGGAUUCUCUUAAUAAAUAUAUUAUCAAGUAA